AACACCGGGAAGGUUGCGGUCAUAACCGGGGAAAAAAAAUCAAACUACAAAUGAUUUGAGACCUUUUUUCCUAAUUAGAGUAAUGACUUGGAAAUAUAGCCGAUCAGUGAUGGUCAUGACAGGCCCGAGUAAACAUGCUUUCAAUUCUGAGACGAGAGGAAAAAGUGACCGAUCUAGAGACCAAGACUGAUUUCGAGUUCUACAACUCUUAAAAAAAAGGAAUCUGUGUCAAAUAAAGAAACAAAAUGUUUACUACUAAUAAAUACGACUAUUUAUAACAUAAUGUUGAAGAAAGCUGGUUGUAGCACCCCCCCUGGAUUUUUGUCUAGGGCCCCUAAAGACAUUAGAUCCGGCACUGAUAACUUUGGUUCAGGAACAGGACCAGUGACCUCAGUAUGUCUGAUAAUCCUCCAUCAGCCUCCCUCACAGUCUGCAGCUGCUCUGUUGUAAUGAUUUCCCUGCAGCUCCAUUCAUUAUUCGAAGUGUGGCCUUUUGAUUCAUAAAAUCCAGCUUUCAUCUCUCCGCGUUCUGCUCCACUAAGCACGGUGCAAACAUAUCAAUAACCCCACGGGGGGGGGGUUGGGACCACAUUUCACCCGCGCGGCCUGCAGCUCCAUUAUGAGUCAUUAAACUCCACCACGGAGCAGAGCGCGCGCGUAUGGCAGCUGUUUUAAUUCAGAAAUAUUUACAGUUCACUCUGCUGCUCAGUGGAUGGAGCAGGAUCGAUCCGUGACUCCGUUCAUUCACAUUUUUUCCAACUCGCCUCCGAUUCAUUAAAUUGGCGUGACCUAUGGCUGCAGGAGCGCGCGCGCCCAUAGGGACCCCCGCCCCGGAGGAUAUAAAUGCAGGAGGAGGGAUCACAGCCGGAAUGUUUUCACUGCCUCAUCCUCCCUGCAGGACACCAAAGUCUCAGCCUCUCUGACAACAUGAAGGGUUUGAGGACGAUCACAAUCACUUAUGUACUCACCCUUUUGCUGCUGGCCUCGUUUAUCUCUCAGUCGUGGAGCGCACCGAAGAGUUCUUUCCAGCGGAGGAACUGGACCCCUCAGGCGAUGCUCUACCUGAAGGGCACUCAGGGGCGCAGGUUCAUCUCAGAGGACAGAAAGGAAGGCGACGUCUACGACACGUUACACUUAGAGACACGCAGUCAGAACACGGAGAAGCUGAGUGUGGAUCAGGCAGCCACUGUCCUGCUCAACUUCCUGCAGCAGGCCAAAGAGGGAGGCGAUGAAAACCCAGACGAGGUGUAUUUCCAAGAACUGCCAGUGUGGAAGAGAGAAUAUUUCUGAUUGUCUUUCGUACGUUUGUGAAGCUGUCGGACGGACUGGGUGUAAAUAUGGAAUCUCUGAAAAUGUUUAAGAUGUGAUGUUUUAAUAAAAAGUUUGAAUUCAUAACACAA